UUCACUUUGCGUGUGGGUUCGGUUCAGUGUGGGUCCGGUUCUUUACAGGAUCUGAGCUGAACAUCGGAGUCACUUUUAACUUACUGAUUUAUUCACGGUGAACUUUUAUAAAACAUCUGCACUGAGAGCUGGGAGAGGAUUUAACUUUACAUUUAACUUCAUAUUUAACUUUAAACCGGCUGAGUGUCAGAGAAUCGGCUCCUGAUGAUGAUGAUGAUGAUGAAGAUGAUGAAGAUGAUGAUGCUCUUCGUCUCUUUUCUCUCUCAUUUCUCAGCGACUUUCCCUCUGAAAGGCUGUGUGUGUGAACCUGGAGAAAAUGGCACCAACACCACGAGACUCAUCAACAUGCUGUGGAUAAUCAGGAACAAACCCACGUCCUCGGUAAAUCUGAGAUGUGCGUGUUUGUGUGAGUGCCAGUGCAUUGUUCAGCUCGACAUCAACAGUUUGGUUAUUCAGGUGAAGGAGAGCAAGAGAGAGAUGCUGGGGGACGAGUGUAUGAAGCUGGUGAAGGAUCUCAGCGUGAUGGAGGAUUCAGGAGAUUCAGCCUCAGGGGGACCUCCGCCCUACCAAACCACUGAACCCCCCUUUGGAGAAGGAGACACAUCCGGAUCGUCCAUUGUGACUCUACUUGUCGGAGCUUCGGUCUUCAUCACAUUUCUUCUGCUCUGCUUCACGCUGUUCAAAAGACCAGAAACUGAGGCUGGAGGUGUUAUAGGCUCCCUUAUUCAUUACCCCCCUGCUUGGUCUCUGGAGAAUACGAUGAAGCAGGAAAACCUACUUCCAGAGACUAAAAUGACCUACUGAUACGUAUUUACAGGAUGUCCAGGUGAGAGUUCGUCCUGGAGGUGUCGGACCAUGGCUUAAUUUUGGAGAAGGAAAGGAUUUACACAUACGGUGGUGAGACUCUUUCUUGGUGCACUGGACCCCCCCAAAAAACAAACAAACAAAACAAAAAACCUGUAGGACUCUCAACAGCUGAAACAAACCGAGGCACUGUCCCAAAUGCUCAUCACUCUUCAGUGUUCUUCAUUUUGAGACUCCAUCACAAACACUCCACUCUCACGAGACUUCUUUAGAACCACAGUGGACUUUUCAUUUCCUUUGUGCAAUAAAACUCCCUUUUUCUUACCUCUCAUUAAUAAACUGAAUUCUUAACUUUUCA